AUAUAGCCACCAGAGCCUGGUCCUCCACAUUGGAGCACACAGCGUGAAUGAACAACCCACAUGCUUUUUACUUUCAAAGGAAUAAGAAGGUCGUUUCUGUUUUAGCAUUGCAAGAAUUAAAAUGAACAAGGUCAAAAUUGUCAGACCAGAGGAGAGUCAGCCAGCACAUAUGGUGUGGUAUGACAGAAAGAAAUAUGUCCAUGCCAACUUCUUGGUUCACAAACCUAAAGAUGUCAAGGUGGAUAUCCAGCCAGACAAAGUUAUUUUAUGCUGCAAAAACCACACAGACGAUGUGAUCUACAAUGAGGUGUACUUCUAUGAAAAAAUAGAAAUCAAUGACUCCAGAGAACGAGUGUUUGAACGCACCAUCACUCUCUUACUGAGGAAAGUGAAGCCUGAUUAUGCAUGGCCUCGAUUCCAGAAGGAUGGAGCUAAGCCUAGUUGGAUUGCCGUAGACUUCGAUAACUGGAGGGACUGGGAGCAUGAAGAAGAUGAGGGAAAAGAGGAGUACGACAGAUACGUAGAUAUGAUCAGAGAUAUGUCUACCAGUAAUAAAGGAGAGGCACCAGACAUGGGAGAUCUUAGUGAUUCUGACUGAGACGCUCUCUCCUGUGAGACCACUAUAACUUGAUUGCUCAGGAUACUGAA